GUCUUUCACGUGCAUUCCGCUUUUGGUCAAGGGCGGCGGGGCCAAACAUAUGUAAAUACUCUCCUCCUCGUCUCUGGCAUUGGCGCCAGUCAGCUGUACGUUGUCGAGGCCUUGUUCGUCUUUCGAUUCCUAAGGCCUGAGAGAGAUCUAGCAACAUCGCCAAUACUUGAUCUUACCCCGCUGGUGUUUCCUCGCGACGUUACAGGACUCCGGCAGUUGCUCCGCAUCGCCAGCAACUAGCGCGUUCUUCCACUUCUGUCACCCACGACACGUGUCUCCUUCGUUUGUCGCAGAGAGCUGAAAUACAACUUUUCUCUUGCGAGCUCAAAGCUCUAUUACCUUUCGAGCCCCAGCACCUUGGGCUUCUCCGUCCAUUUCUUCUGGGAUGACUGUCUCCCAUCGAAAGCGACAACACCAACCUGAUGAAAUACAAACUGUAAACGAGCCGGGCUUGCAGAUUCAAUGUGAUUGCUGCCAAUGCGACUUGACGCAUUCCGCUCGUAUCAAGUGCGCUGAUCCUGUCUGUGAGCCGGGAGAUGGUGUGGAUAUCUGCCCCGCUUGCUUUUGCGCUGGCAAAGAGUUCGCCAAGCAUAAACCAGGUCACGCAUACCGCGUUAUCGAACUUCACUCAUAUCCAAUUUUCUCUGCUGACUGGGGGGCAGAUGAGGAGCUCUUACUUGAAGAUGUUGAAGAACAUUACAACAGCAUAUAUGUUGAUUCCCCCGAUUGGCCACUUCCUGUACGUCUAUGCGAAUGGACUGUCGAAUUCAAUAUUGAGCCAGAGGCAUUCCAGGCUCGCAAACGCAGACGAAUGUCAACCAUGACCACUUCUUUGCCUCCCCCGCCCAAGGUAGCCCCAACCUCCGCCCCUGGGGUACAUGAAAUUGCCACUUUCCUCCCUGGUAGGCUCGAGUUCGAACACGAGCUCGACAAUGAAGCGGAGGAUCUUGUGAAAGACCUCGAAUUUGGAAUUUGUCAUGCAUGGGGCGGUGACCAAAUAGUGGAAGAUGAAAACGACUGCGGAUGUUCGCGCAAGGGCACGAACAGCAGUCAGCCACCCAUCAAUGGUGUCAAUGGUAUCCUGAAUGGCAACGGACAUCUCCCAAUGAACGGUGAUUCGCGCGUCAAGUCCGAAGAACCGUCUGGCGAGCAGCAGGGUUCAACGGAGGACGACGCAAAUGCAGAAGAAGCAACGCUACCUCCUCCAUAUGAGACGGAAGAUUCACUCGCCUUCAAGCUAUCUCUGAUGGAGAUGUACAAUCAGCGCGUUGAUAAGCGACGGGAAUCCAAAGCUAUCAUGUAUGAACGAGGUCUCUUGGAAUACAAGAAGAUGCAAGCCGCCGAAAAGAAGCGCCCGAAGGAAGAGAAGGACAUCGUUCAGCGGCUUCGACCAUUUGCUCGACUUCAGACUGCCGAGGAUUUCGAAGUUUUUGCCGCUGAUAUUCUCUCCAUGUUAAGGAAGAGAAUAAAAGAAUUGCAGGAUUAUCGACGAAUGGGACUUACUACUCCUGCGGACAUUGAUAAAUUUGAACUCGACUCCAUUCGGCGGACUCAAGCAAAAGCAAAUUUGUCUCGCGAUUAUUAUUCUUCGGAACGUCUGGCGCAGCUCCGUGCUGGAGGCAGCGCGAGAGAAUCGGAAGGUCGCAAAAGUCACGAGAGAGACUCGACUCCAAAAAUCGGGACACCCGGUGGAACAGGUCCUCCAAACCGCAGACCACCCGCCCCUCUCAAUCUUGCUAAUAGUCCAUCUUUGCACUUGCUUACUCCAGCCGAGCAGACCCUCUGCUCGCAGCUCCGAAUCUUACCCAAACCAUAUCUUGUCAUCAAGGAAACCCUUGUCCGAGAGUACGCUCGUCGUGGAGGCAAGCUUCGUCGCAGGGAAGCGCGGGAUCUCGUCAAGAUUGACGUAAACAAGACGAGUCGACCGGUUUCCUCAAAAUUACACCCUGACCCGCCGCUUGCUACUCCUCAUGAUACCUCCAUGAACGGCAUCUCCCAUACAGCACUAAGCGUAUCUCCAUCCAAGGAGACAUCACGUAUUUCACCACAUCCUCCUGCAACAGGGGCUCCUUCCAUCAGUCAAAACGGAUUUGGUCACAGACCAAUACCCACGCCACCCAGUCUAUCUGCCCCGCUGUGGCCUUGAAGUUGAUGUCCAUGCUAUCUCCAUCCCGUUGUUUGCUUCAUCAAGUGUACCAUAGCACUCGCAUACAUUGUUUACCUUCAUGCAACUUAUGGAUUCAUUUAUUGAGGCGAAAACCCUCCAGAA